AUGGAGAAGUUGCAGUCUGUUCAACAGUUUUUCGCCAAAGAAAUACAAAAUGUCCUGGAUAAUCACUCUGCCAUGGGAAAAGAUAUUGAAGAUCUAAAAGUUAAUUACCAAACAACGUCCCAACAAUUGCAAGCUUUACAAAACGAAGUGGCAAAACUUUCGAUAGCACACGAGAAAAUACCUUAUCUUUUUAUGUUGCCUGACAGAACAAAGUGGUUCUCUGGUCGAGAUUCUGAACUAGAAAAUCUUCACACAUUACUUCAGAUCAAUGAUGAUAUCAAUGAACCAAAAGUUCAAAUUGCAUCCGUGUGCGGGUUAGGAGGAAGUGGUAAGACGAGCCUUGCUGCGGAAUAUGCACAUCGAUGGAAAGAUUAUUAUGAAGGAGGCGUAUUCUGGUUCUCUGGCGAGGAUGAAACAAGGUUUGCUAACUCGGUAGAUGACCAUGCGGUGUAUCUUGGAACAUCAUUGGAACCAUCUCCUGGUAGAAUUCUAGUUGAAACUUUGGAAGUAAUUUCUAAAAUUCAAAAACCUUGGCUACUUGUCGUUGACGAUAUGGAUGAAUUCAAGCUUUGCUCCAAUAUUGAAAUGUUGUUGUCUGGUCCGUGGAAGCGCAGAGUAAAAGGAUCUGGUCAUAUCUUGAUAACUACAAGACGAGAGCCGAAAGUAAUGCGUGAAACCGUUCGUGGUCUCAAAGAGUCCCAGUGUCUUCAGCUCGAGUGUUUUAAUUUAGAAGAUGGAAAACUUUUCGUGUUUAGAAGAACUGGGAUUUUUUGCGACGAGGAAACGUCUGCUAAAGCUGCAGACCUGGUUGAAACUCUUGGCGGACUACCGCUUGCCUUAGAACAAGCAUGCGCGUACAUCAGCCACCUUUCCUGCAGUAUGUCCGAGUACUUACAACAAUACGAAAAGUACUCUCUCGAAUUGUUAGAUGAACAAGAUGCAAGUUCUGCUUCCAUGUAUGAAUCUCGAGAACGAUUGGCAGUGCACACAACAUGGCUACUCAACUUUGAGUAUAUUAAGCAAAGUAAGAAUGGCAACUUUGCUGUUAGAUUUUUACACGCAUGUGCCUUUUUCAAUCCUGCUGAAAUCCAGCAAGACCUUAUUAAUCCUGGAAAACCUCCGAUUGAAGACGAUGCCUACCAAGAGUACGUAGAUACUCCGAUAGGCUCAUCACACAUAUUGAAGUUGCUUACUGAUUUUUCCUUAUUCAAGAAAAAUAAGCGUUCUUCUCUUACUGUUCAUCGCCUGGUUCAAGAGGUUAUUCGAGGUAACAUUUCUCCAGAAGAAUAUGUUUCGUCUUUAGUUGAUGCAAUUCGCCUUCUAAGCUACGCUUUUUCAUUCUCGCGUUCCCCAGAUGAUCUUUUAACCAGCAUGAUCAAUAAGCAUCAUGACCGAGCCUCUCUUCAGACAACUGAUCCAUCUCUUUUCCACAAGUGGCAUAAGUUGUGCUUACAUGCUCAUGAAGUACGGAAGCUUCUUUUAGAUUUCUUAAAAACAUCUCAGCUUUUAGACCAAAGAAUCGUCAUCCCAGAAACAGCCAGGUUGGUUUAUGAAUGCGCUCUUCAUCUUAAUGUUGACAGCAAGACAGCUGAAGCCAAAGCAGCUGUUGAUUUUGCUUACAAAAUCAUUCGCUUGGGGGACACCCUUUUAACAAAGGACGAUUUGGCAACUUUGUUUCCACACGAAAUACCUUUGCCGGAGUUGGUUCGGAGAGUUAUUUCGUAUUCUUGUGUUGCUCCUCGUGACACUAAAAGGCUUUCUUCCGUUGUAGAGGAGGAAGAUAUCAUGCCAUUUACAGACUUGAAAGAACAAGAGAACGCGUGUAACGAAAAGCGUGUAGAAGGGAAUACUUAUUUCCAGGAGGGUCACUUUGAAAAAGCAGUUGAAGUAUACACUUCUGUGAUAAACAUGACCAAAGGUACAAGUUCCUUUGAUCCUACUUUUCUUAGUAACAGAGCUUCAGCUUUCAUUAGGUUGCACAAUUUUGGCGAUGGUUUAAGAGAUGCUGAAGAUUACAUUUCUCAUCGCCCUAAGUGCUGCAAAGGCUAUGCCAAAAAAGCACAGGCAUUGUAUGGGCUGAAAAGGUGUUGGGAUGCAACUUGUGCUGCAGCGUUAGCAUAUUAUUACAACAAAAAUAUCUUCAGCAGCUUUGCGCCAUUUAAGCAUUUGUUUCAUUCAUUAAAGGAUCGCAUAUAUAUUUGUGAUUCAAGUACCUCUUCACUUGUUCCUUCCAUUCUGCAUUGCAAUUUCCGUUCUCAGAAAGAAUCUGAAUUACCCCGCAAAAUCGUUAUUCUUGAACCAGGUGAUUAUACACUCGAGAGACAAAUGAUUAUUUGUGAUACCAUUGUAAUUGGUGUGGAGGACAGUGGAACGAAACGGAUUCCUCGGUUAUCUUUUCAAGGAAGUGUAGGCGUGUUUUCUUCUAGUUGUAUAAUGGCAGUGAACAUUUCUCUUGUUUUUGCUACGGGAUGCUGGGUGACCCAUGAUGAUACGGAUGCAACCUUCGUGAAUUGUAGUUUCACAAAUAAUACAGAUCAAGGACAACAAGCUUUUCUCUCUUCAGGAGCUACAACAUUUACUAACUGCCACUUCGACAACUGCAAAGGGGAUGCUUUGCGUGUUCUGGGAAAAGCGUUUGUCGAAAAGUGUAUCUUUUCAGCAAAUGGUAACUGUGGAGUGCAAGUCUUCUCGAAUAUCGAGUUAGAAAUGAAGAAUACCAAGCUUCAUGGCAAUAAGUUGGGAAUCCACAUGGGACCAGGUGCUGGGCGUUGUAGUGUCAUUGAUUGUGAUAUAUACGAUAACCGUUAUCAAGGAGUUGUAACCUUCUGUAGUUUGAAUAUAAUUCUCACUGGUAACCGUAUCUAUCAAAAUGAUCGACAUGGUAUUAAUCUUGAAGGCGUGUCAUUUACACAUAUUGAAAGAAACGAAAUCUUUGAAAAUUGCUGGCAAGGUAUUGCCACCAUGGAUAACGCCAGGUGCAACGUUAUUAAUAACAAAGUAUAUGGCAAUAAGUAUGGCGGAAUACAGGUUGUGCCAAUAGGUCCGGUGCCUGAGGACUGUCAUUCUGUUGUCGAAAAUAAUGAGAUCUUUGACAAUUGUGGACCGGGCAUUUACGACGAAAUGGUGUUUAGAGAUCAAUCGAAUAUACCAAGAGAGAAGACACUUAGAGAACACAUAUAUUUUUACAAACAUCGCAAACAAAUGAGGAAAGCGAAGUUCAAAGGAAACAAAGAAAGAAACAAUAAUAAAAUCGAUCAUGCGCAUUCCGAAAACGAAGCGGAACCGCUGGAUUUCUGUGCAUUUUGUGGCGAAAAGAAACCGUUACAGAAUUGCACAGGAUGUUAUUCUGUUGGAUAUUGCAGAAAGAAUUGUCAAAAAAGUGACUGGAAAAAACACAAAGGCGUAUGCUCUUCUUUGCUGCAGGAAUCUAGUGUCGUCGUAAAUGUUGUUCGAAAGGAAAGCUAUUUAGGCAGGCCAUCCAAAGGUGGUAUAAUCAUGGCUUUCAACGAGCAAGCGCCAGGUCUUAAUCCCAAGGGACCAGAAUACGCCAACCCACCCAAAUACGGAAAAAGAUUUAUAGUGAAGGUCCAGGCAGGAGAUUUAGUAAGACAGUCGAAUUUAGGCAGUUCACUACUUGUUGUUUACGAUCGCAGCAUGACAGUUCAUGGUGAUCUAGAUUGGAAACAUUGCCCUCUUUACCACACUGUACAACGGUGCGGUAAAAUUGCUCAUGGUAUUGGAUGGACAAAGAUGUUCUUUUGGGCAAUGUUCUGUAAUCCAGACGAUUAUAGCACACUCCGUAUUUUUACGAAAAUGCUUCCACCAUACCAAAAUUGGUAA